AUGGAUCUGAGCAUGCCUUUUGUUGAAACUGAAUGCGAGGAGUGUGGAAAGCUGUGUUAUCGGUGGUGUAAAGCAUGCCAAGUUAAAGAGUUUAGGCGAAAGUUCAAUGAUUGGUCUAGUGGUAACAUAGCUAUUGACCAGCUGAUUCAAAAUACUCAGCUCAAUGCAAGCGAGUAUAAAGGAUAUCUCGAAUGGAUUCCACCUGAAUCAGUGGACAUUAAUGAACAAGUAUCAGAAGGUGCCUUUAGUACUAUUCUUUCGGGAACAUGGCUGGAAGGUCCUAGGUGGAAGUGGGAUGAAGAAGACAAUAGUUGGCAUAGAAGUGGUCCUUUAGAUUGUGCUUUAAAAAGGAUAGAGGAUUCUAAUAAUAUAAGUCAAGAAUAUUUAGAUAAUGGUGAUUCAAUGGUCGAAUGCUUCGGAAUUACUCGUGAUCCUGAAACAGGUUGUUAUAUGUUCGUUGUUAGACUUUGUAAUGAAAACCUUUAUCAACUCCUUAAACGAACUAUGGGACGACUUGCAUGGAAGAAUAGAAUUUGUAUGCUUUAUGAAAUUGCUAAUGGUCUUAAACAAAUCCAUGAUUGCGGGCUUUAUCAUGGAAACCUGCAUGGUGGAAAUUUGUUAACUGAAAUGACAACAAAUGGCAUUAACAUAAGAAUUUCUGACACGGGAUUGCAUGGUUUAAGACCAAAAAUUAAUGAAAAUAUUCCAGAUAUUUAUUCAGUUUUAAUGACAAGAUGCUGGCAUCAAGAUCCAAAGCAACGCCCAAAUAUUGCUGAACUUUGCAAUAUUUUAAGUCAAUUUGCAUUAGAUAUGCGUGAUAACACUUCAUCGAUUUCGAAACAAUUUUCUUUCGCACAUUGUAUUACCCGCGGUGCAUCUAAAUAUUCUUUCUAUAGUAAAGGAAAAAUGAUUAUUGACAUAUUUGAUAUAUUAUCUAUCGCUUGGAAUAUUCCACGGAAAAUCUGA